UGCAAUUUAAUGAACACACAAAAUUUUAAUGCCUUUAACUUUUUCUUCUUGUGCUUAUUAAAGAUUCAGUGUUAGCAACCACUAGCAUUCUUCACCCCCCAUAUCUUUUUCUCUAGUGUUCUUGUGCUAACUGCAGCAUUGGCAACAUGAACUUCAGGGCACUCCUACUCUUCCUGGCCUUUAUGGUGACAAAGUCAGUAGCAGUAGUGGAGAAGCAGACAUACAUAGUACACAUGGACAAGACCAAGAUGGAAGCCUCAGUCCAUUCCCAAGGCUUGGCAAAACCUUGGUUCAAAUCAGUCAUUGAUUUCAUCUCUGAAGCUUCAUUCGAAGAAGAAGAAGGAGGAGAACCUCAACUCCUUUAUGUUUAUGAAACCAGCCUUUUUGGUUUUGCUGCUCAACUUUCAAAUAAGCAGCUUGAGUACUUGAACCAAGUGGAUGGCUUCGUUGCAGCAUUACCUGAUGAACUAUUGACCCUUCACACAACCUACACCCCCCAUUUUCUUGGCCUGCAGGAGGGAGAAGGACUUUGGAGUGCUUCUAACUUGGCCUCAGAUGUGAUCAUAGGAGUCCUUGAUACAGGAAUAUGGCCUGAACACAUCAGUUUCCAAGACACCGGUUUGUCCAAAGUACCCUCUCGGUGGAAAGGAGCUUGUGAAGCAGGCACCAAUUUCUCUGCCUCAAGUUGUAACAAGAAGCUUGUUGGUGCAAGAGUCUUUCUUCAAGGGUAUGAAAAAUUUGCAGGAAGGAUCAAUGAAACCAUGGACUAUCGUUCUGCUAGAGAUGCUCAAGGACAUGGAUCACACACAGCCUCAACGGCAGCUGGAAACAUGGUGAAGAAUGCCAGCUUUUUCGGCUUGGCCAGUGGUUCAGCCAGUGGAAUGAGGUAUACCUCAAGAAUAGCUGCUUAUAAAGUAUGCUGGCGUUUAGGCUGUGCUAACUCUGACAUAUUAGCAGCUAUUGACAAAGCUGUUGCUGAUGGUGUUGAUGUACUGUCACUCUCAUUAGGUGGCAGUGCCAGACCUUAUUACAGCGAUAGCAUUGCCAUAGCCUCAUUUGGAGCAACACAAAACGGUGUUUUUGUUUCUUGCUCGGCAGGCAAUUCAGGCCCUUUUAGUUCUACUGUUGGAAAUGUUGCCCCGUGGAUCAUGACUGUUGCUGCUAGCUACACUGAUAGGAGCUUUCCAACUCAAGUGAAGCUUGGAAAUGGAAAGCUUUUCAAAGGGUCAUCAUUGUACAAGGGCAAGAAAACUAACCAAUUGCCUCUUGUUUAUGUCAAUUCCUCAAAAGAACAUAGGACAGCACAGUAUUGCACCAGAGGUUCUCUUGAUCCAAAGUUUGUCAAAGGAAAAAUAGUUGCCUGCGAACGUGGAAUAAACAGUAGAACUGCAAAGGGAGAAGAAGUAAAGAUGGCAGGUGGAGCAGGAAUGAUACUACUCAACUCAGAAAACCAGGGAGAAGAACUUUUUGCUGACCAUCAUGUUUUGCCAGGCACAUCUUUAGGGGCCUCUGCAAGUAAAAUAAUCAGAAGCUACAUUCACUCAGCAAAAGCACCAACAGCUUCAAUAUCCUUCCAAGGGACAGCAUAUGGAGACCCUGCACCAGCUAUGGCAGCAUUUUCUUCUAGAGGACCAAGUGCAGUAGGAGGAGAUGUGAUCAAACCAGAUGUUACUGCACCUGGUGUGAACAUCUUGGCUGCUUGGCCUCCCAUAACUAGUCCAAGCAUGCUCAAGAGCGACAAAACAAGUGCAGUAUUUAACAUAGUCUCAGGUACCUCAAUGUCAUGUCCUCAUGUUAGUGGUAUAGCAGCCUUGAUCAAAUCUGCGCACAAUGGUUGGUCACCUGCAGCCAUCAAAUCUGCUCUGAUGACUACUGCUUCUGUAUCAAACAACAAAGGUGCUGCAAUUGCUGACUAUGGUUCAAAAAAUUCAGCACUUGCUGACCCCUUUGCAUUUGGUUCAGGCCAUGUUAACCCUGAAAGAGCUUCUGAUCCAGGAUUGGUCUAUGACAUCACCACCAAAGAUUACCUAAAUUACUUGUGCAGCCUGAAAUACACACCCUCCCAGAUUGCUUUAUUGUCAAAAGGUAAUUUUACAUGCCCCAAAAAAUCAGCUCUUCAAGCUGGUGACUUGAACUACCCCUCAUUUGCUGUGCUAUUUGGCACAAGGGCUCUAAAGGCUAGUGUGACAUUCAAGAGGGUAGUUACAAAUGUAGGAAAGCCCAAAAUUUCUUAUGCAGUGAAGGUGGAAGAACCAAAUGGAGUAUCUGUUAGGGUUGAACCAAGGAAUAUCAGUUUCAGAAAAACUGGUCAAAAAAUGAGUUAUAAGGUGAGUUUUGUUUCAAAUGGGAAUACAACAGUUACUGGAAACUCAUCAUUUGGAUCACUUACUUGGGUAUCAGGUAAAUAUGCUGUUAGAAGCCCUAUAGCAGUGACAUGGAAAUGAUAGAAAGGUCUUUCAAUAGAAUUCCUAUAGCAGAAAAAUAAAUUUUAACCUCAGAACUAGCAGGGGAGCUUUAUCUCAGAAUUAUGAUGCAGCACACUAUUACUGUAACUUUGUUACUAUCUUUAAGCUUUAUUGAAUAAAAGAACACUUGUACCAUCUUUA